CGCCCGCGUGCGAUCCAUUCCUCACUCUCUAAUGUGCUCGGAGAACAAUAAACACUACCAAUUCAGUGCUCGAAAAACAUUCGUUCAUCACAUUUAAACCAUUCCUUUCCUUAUUUAUAGCUAACAAUUAAUAAACUUUAACAAAUACAACAUUACAUAGCAUUUGCAUUGACAGUGAUGCAUUGUAAAUUUGAAUCAGUUCAUUGAAUGGUGAAGAAAUUUUGUGGUGUGUAGUGGUAUGGUGGUUGUACUGGUUCCCCAUGUGAUUCUUAUUGAUUUUCUAACGUCGAAGCUACCGAACAGCUGUUUUUGGGAUGCGGAAGAGACUCGUCGCCUCCCCUAAACAACGAUAUUUGCUACACAGUAACGGAAUUAUACUGAAAUAUUCCUUUCGUAUAAGAACAGUGAUGCCCUAAACAUUAAAAUCAUUCAUCAACUUUACAAAAAAAAGCGUUGAAUUAUCUUUUUACUGCAAAAAUUGUGUAAUUUUUGUGAAGUGUUAAAACACACGUCGGUUUUACUUGAAAAAGUAGUUUAAAAUUUACUGUGGUGUAAUUGACGAGACGAAGUAUUGGAAAUAAGUGUCGGUGAUUUUGUGAUUUUUUGUGAUUUCCUAUAAUUGGAUUUUCAUCGUGGAUUGUGGAUAUCAAACGGUCAAUAAGGCGGUGAGGUGGGCCCACGCGGGGGGCGAUGCUGGGCGGGGCGGCGGGGGGCGCCCGCUCCCGCCCGCCCGCUGACCUCCAGCAAGGUGUAAGCCGGUUCCCGCUGUACUCGCUGUUCCCCACACAAACAAAUAGACAAACCGUUCACAAAGUUUCUGAGAGCGUGGUGUCGCGGUCGCUGGCGCUGGGCGCGCCCACACCCCCGCCGCACUCGCCCUACUCCCCGCUGCCCCUCGACCUGCUCGCCUGUUCGCAGCGGCUACUUAUUGACAAGGAGGGCAACAAGAUGGAAGAUGGCAAGCUGGGCAAGGCGUGCCUGCCAGAACUCUGCUGUCCUGGUGACCGGGCGGACGGCCACGUCUUGCAGCCGCUCACCAUCAAGACUGAGCAGGCAAAACGCACCUGCAAUACUUGCCUCACCAACUCACCUAAAAAGGUGGUGCAAGCGGAAGGCGGGUGCAGCCGCACCAACCCGGUCACGUGGCUGGGCGUUGGGCAGAACGUGCACGUGCAGGUAAAGCGCGAGCCGCACCACAUGCACGUGUCGGAGCUGGUCGCCGUCAAGCUGGAGCAGGCCUCGCCCGGCACUAAGCCCGACCAGCCCAUGCCCGCCAUACCCGCCUCGCUCAACAACGUGUUCGUGACAGGUUCGAUUCCCGUGGGUAUAGCGGUGGCGAGGCAGCGCGUGGGCGACGCGGGCCUACUGGCUGCGCUCUCGCAGAAAGACAACCAGCGAUUACAUGACAUUGGCGCCACGUCAUUCUGUUCUCACACCGCAGACGCGGCGCAGGCGGCCAUGACGGUGGGCGUGGCCAACGUGCUGUGCGACGAGCGCCCCGCCCCGCUGGCGUGGCCGGCGCCCGCUCCCGCACCCCCCGCACCGCUUUGGCAAUACCCAGCUCAAGUGUCAAUGGAGAGCAUGAUGGUGGGUGGUAUGGGCAUGGGCGUGAGCUCCGUGGGCGGUGUGGGCGGCGGCGUGGGCGCGGUGGGUGGCUACCAGCUGGUGCGCGAGCCCACGUCGGGCGCGCUGCUGCUGUUGCCGGCGCCGCCCGACCUGCCGCACACGGUGGUGUGGGGCGGCGUGCCCUACCCGCCCGCGCCGUUGCUGCUGCCGCCUGCGCCUCACGCACCGCACCACCUGCAGCUGCUGCACGCGCCCGGCGAGCUGCUCGCCUCCACCGCCACGCUGCAGCACACGCACACACACUCCACGCGGCUGGUGACGCUGGCCCCCGCGCCCGCACCGCAACCUCACCCCGCCCACACUGUGGACAAACGCAAGCCCAUCAUGCAGCCGCUUAUCACGCCGCACGCGCUCAUCAAGAUCGAGCCUGAGCCGCCGCAGGAGAAGCCUCCGCCGACGUUUGCACCGGAGCCGGUGCAGCAGCCGAUACUCACGCAUCUUUACUAUCAGCCCGAGUUUUCGGAGCAGGCGUGCAGGAGUCAGGCCACCUCGCCCGCCGCGCCCCCCACUCCGCCCCCCGACGCGGCCGAGGGUCCGGCGCACAAGGACGCCUCCAAUCAAACCGAUCACGUUGAUGACUACGAGGAUUCUCCUAAUCACGCCGAUGAAGAUGAAAGAGAGAUCGCGUGUGUGGGAGUUGCACACUUUCCGGAAGAAUCGUCGACACUCCAGCUGCAGGAGCACGGCCACCAGCUGCAGCCGCCACCCAUAGACAGUGCAGAAGAGUCGUCCUCCGAAGCGCUGGCCAAUUCGACGGUCGUAGGAGCGGUCGAGAAAGCGAUAGAUGCGAUAGAAAGAGACGACUCGAUGGACAACUCGAGUAGCGGCGGCUCUCACGACUUGGUGAUCGAUACGUCGGUCAGCUCACCGGUACCGGCGGUGCAGCCCGCCGGCCCGCUGGUCGACGUCAGCGGCCUCGAGCUCUUAUCCAACAGCAUCGAGCAGUUCGAGAGAACUACACCGGGCAUCAGCAUGCCGACAUUAGAUCAGACGCCUCUAACUAUCGAUACGAGGCCGACGACUAAGUUGAACAUUAUGAUCAAAACUUCACCUAAAUCACCUCCCAGGACCGACGCCGAACCGCACAGGAGAUUUGAAUUCCCGGCCGCCGAACCUAUUGCCGGUGAACGGACGAAACCUUCCCUAGAUGGGUUAGAUAUUUUAUGCGCGUUGGCUGAACAGAGGUUUAUGGAAGAAGUUGAGGAAAGUCCUCCGCCUGUCCUCCAACUGCCCACUCGACCGUUUAUAAAAACUGAACCGCUGCUGAGUCCUCCGCCGUUGGAGAGAUCCUCAGAAUUGAUUAAAAAAGACAAACAUAAUAGACACAGGGACGACUCUUCGAGUGAAAGGAGAAGAAAAAGGAGUAGGGACCGGGAAGAAAGGUUAAGGCAUAAGUUGGAAAAGAUGCGCCGUCACAAGCGGGAGAAGGACAGAGAAGGGGGGAAAGGUAGCGGCGGAGAGUUGGAAGCGAGCCUGAGACGUGUGACGGCCUGUCCGUGCGGCUCGAUGACGUGCACUCACUCGUCUUCCGUGCCCUCCGCCAAAGCUCUCGUCAACGCCAUGGAAAAAGACAUGAGGGAACGCCUGCAGGAGCUGCAGAGGCAGUGCGACGAGAAGAGAGCGCAGCUGAACGCCCUGACGCCGCCUCUUCCGGCGCUCUCCACACCGCCCACGCCAUCCACGCCGGCACUGUCUCCCAAUUCAGACAGAGGUUCUUCAAAGAAAAGAAAGGUUGGCAGGCCUAGAAAGGUUUCCAGUCCGGAUUCAACGGAGACUAUAGUCGCGAAGAAACCGAAAUCGAAGAGCAGUUUAGUUGGCUAUCUCUUAGCGAAAGGAAAGCUAAAAGGCGGCAUUUUGUGCAGCAGAGGAGAACCUUCUAGAGACGAAAACAGAACGAGUAAAGUCCGACCUAAGCUGAAAGCGGAACCGAUACUUAAAGUAUACUCCGAGGAGGAGGAGGUGGAUGGGUCCUUAAACAGAUCCGCCAGCUCCUCGAUGGAGAGUCUGAACGAGGUGCGACAGAAGAACAGGGAAAAGGUGGAUCGUCUUGUCAGAAAACAUUCUAGAGACGAUUUACCGGAAAUAGAGCUGGCGAUACGAAGAGUGAGCGCAUCGAGCGAAAGUGAUAAAGAACGGCGUCGCGCGAAGAAGAGGAGAAAGAGUCUCAAAUCGAAAGAGAGGCCGAGUGAGAGCUCGAAGGAGGAGAGUGCGCAGGCGCCGGCGGUGUCGCGCUGCACUCUCACCGAGGACAAGCUGGACUCAUCACCGCGGGUGCUGACUGCCAUGGGCGGCUUGUUCUACGCCGGCAAGCUGAGCGCGGUGCAGGCGCCCGAUGUGUACGCCAUCACGCUGGAUGGAGAGAGAGGCAACAAGCCCCAUAUCUUAUCCAGGGAAGAGACUUUAAGAGAUGCUAUUCUGGAAGUGAGUCCACGCUCUGUGUCUGAGCUGGGGUCGGGCACGCGGGUGUGCGCGUACUGGUCGCAGCAGUACCGCUGCCUGUACCCGGGCACUGUGGCGCUGGCCUCGCCCGACCCGCGCCACGACCACCUCGUGCCCGUAGAGUUUGACGACGGCGACUCCGGCCGCAUCGCACUAGAGGACAUACGCUUCCUCGAACCAAACUAUCCCAUUGUUGAGUACGAGAACACUCUAUUCACACUCGGCAAGCGAAGAAGAAACACAAGUGUCACAGAAGAUAAAAAGGCAGUCGUCCCGUCGACUAGUACAGAAGUUAAAACUGAACCGGCACCCCCGUCGCAGACGGUAACAGAAGACAAAGCAGAAGAAGAAGACAGACACAGAGAUAGAAAGAAACUUAAAAAGCAUCGAAAGGAAAAACUCAAACGACUCCAUUCCAGCGAAGAAGAUCCUAACUCCACCGAAUACGUGAAGAAGAAAAAGAAGAAACACAAGUGUUGCGAGGAGCACUGCAAGCACAGAAGACAUCAUAAGAAACAUCACAGGAAACAUAAGAAAAGACAUCAUUCGAGUUGCAAGGAACAUUCGAGUUCGUCGGGAGACGAUCACCUCAAGAGGAAGUCUUCCACAGAUUAUGUCGAUUCUAUUAAAUCAAACGAGGACUCCGGAGACUCCAAUGACAGGCUGUCCACUCUGAUUGCGGUCGAAAAGUCUCCCGAUGAGAAAAUGAAGACGGUCAUCAAGAAAGCAGUUUUGUCAAAGAAAACUCUUGUGAAGAACGCCAUUUUGGACUUUACCAAUCUCGGGAGGAUAACUUUGAAGAAAGACGAAGAUGUUAAAGAUAAUCUAAAAGACAGUGGAAUUGGACUGGAAGUGGAUGUGCCGUCUACUUCUAUGGAUGCCUCAAAAAAGAAAACUAAGAAGCGUACGGUAUCGUCCACAUCGACGGACAGCGGCGCGGCGUGCGGGGGAGGCGGGGGUGGCGGGGGCGGGGCCGGGGUGAGCAAGAUGGCCGCGUUCCUGCCGGGCGGCGCGCUGUGGCGCUGGCUCGGCCCCGCCUACCGCCGAACAGCGCGCCCCCGCCACCGCAAGCUCUUCUACCGCGCCAUACAGCGCGGCGAGGAGACCCUCCAUGUGGGUGAGGCGGCGGUGUUUCUGUCCACGGGGCGCGCGGACCGGCCGUACAUCGGACGUAUAGUGGCGCUGUGGGAAGCUCGCGGCGCCAUGGCCGUGCGCGUCGAGUGGUUCUACCACCCCGAGGAGACCGUCGGUUGCCGCGGACCACUCAAAUACCCGGGCGGUUUGUUCGAGUCCCCGCACACGGACGAGAACGACGUGCAGACGAUAUCGCACAAGUGCGAGGUGGUACCGCUGGCGCAGUACCAGGCGCGCAUGGCUGCGGAGGCGCGCGCCGCCGACGACAACAACGACCUCUACUACUUGGCCGGUCGCUAUGAGCCAACGCAGCGCGCGCUCUCCAUGCAGCCAGAUGUGCCCUUCGCUGAUGACCCCGCUCCAUAGUCCUGCACGUCUCAUGUGCGCCUGGUACAUGACAAGUGAGACCAUGAUACUCGCAAUCUUACUUAACCGGGUACAGGCAGGUCAUAUAAUAAAUAUGACACAUAUGUUUACUUGCAAUUUUACUUGACCGGGUCAUAAUUUACGUGUAUGGUUUUUGUAAUUUUUCUAAACUUUGACCGUGUACAAAAGAACCUUACUAAGGUAACUUUAUUAAAAAACUUAUCCAAUCCAAAAAAAAAAACAUUAUGAAAAAAUGUCACUCAAAAAUCUACGAAAGGACUUUAACCAGGUCAA